AUGGGAGGAGUCGACAUGAGCCGCGAUUACUACGCGGACCUGGAGCUUCCGGCAGACGCAGAUACGAAUGAGAUCAAGAAACAGUUUCGAAAGCUAGCACUCAAGUACCACCCUGAUCGAAACCCAGGCAGAGAAGCCGAAGUCAACUCCCGAUUCCAGGUCAUUCAGUCCGCCCAUGAAAUUCUUACCGACCCACAACAACGAGCCAAGUACGAUGCCGGGAGAACACGAUCGAGAUAUCCCACAGCGUCCGGAGUCCGAGGCAAUCCCUGGCAGAACGCCGGUGCCAACUUUCCUCCCCCACCUCGUCGUAACGCGACAGCUCGCAAUCCGCCGCCGCCUCCGCCAGCCUCAGGAGCCAGUAGAUACCGCAACUUUGCCUCGGGUGCGGCUCCCACAGCCAAAGCGCAGACGAGAGACGACCCAGAAGCGAAGCGGAAUGCUUGGCACGCUUUUGAGAAUAUGAAGGGUCGGGCCAGCCAGUCUCAGCCAAAGCCCGCCAAGGCCCCCGAGACUCCAAAGCGGCCUGUCCCCCGGACUCCUUCUCAGAAACAGAGGGCAGAGGCUUCCUUUGGACGGAAACCUGGCUACACUCCUCAUUCGCCGGUCCCUGCGGAUGAGCCUCCAGUGAACUCGUCCAACUACUCCACUUCAUCCCGGCACACCAACAUCUUCGCAGACAAUGCGCGCAGACAACAAGAGGCAGGAGUACCAGACCCUCUGGCACAAUUUAGGGACUCAGAUUCUCGCCAAAGCACUCCUUACAUGUCACAUGGCGGCGAGAAACUGAAUCCGUUCGAUGGCAUCUCUGUGGGACGGGCCAAAAGCACCCGGGAAAGCCCUCGACCACCCCAGGAAAGCUACGGCCCCAAUCUCUCGCCUGGCAGCGCUCGUCAACGUGCUCAGAGUGUCCCCCGUCAAGCAAGGACUGAGCCGUCGAGCCCGCGCACUUCGACUUCGACGCCGCAAGAGGACCGCCCUAACACGGCGACUGCAACUGCGUCCAACUCACCUAAGGACCCAUUUAGAUCCCGCGCAAGCGCAAGAUACACCCCGCCGAACACGGCCACUGGUCCUGGUCCGAACAAUGCGCAGGCGAAAGCCACUGCUUCCCAGAAUCCUAAUGAACUGCAUGAUUCGCCGUCUCCUAGUGGAGAUAGGUCUAGGAGCGACUCACUCACGCCAUUCGAGCGAAAGCAGGGCGAACUUCUGAGCAAGCUUGUCAAAAGACAGGCGCCAGACCUGACGCCGCUUUCUCGUGACAAGCGCCACACGAUUGACACUCAUCAUGAUAUUACACCGAACCAAGCUGACAAGAAAAUUACCAAUAGCUUUAAUUUCCCGAUCGACGAUGACACCUUUGCCCGAACCGCCGCACCAGAGCAGCCAGGUUUCAGCCGUAGGAGCACUGAGGAAAUUGACACUAGCUUUGUAAACGGUGAUGGUCCAGAUGCUUGGAAGUUCAGCGCCGGCAGUCCGAUCCAGGACCAAGCCGCCAAGGUUCGUUCACAGUCCGGAAGCCGCGUAGGCCGUCGAUCGCCAAUCAAGCGCCCCAGCUUGAGACACCAGAAGGACAUGUCGGGCCAGCCGGCAGGAUCACCUUCUGCGGAAGGAAAGUUUGAUGCUCAAGACUGGACCCAACAGAUUGGGGCCCAAAACUUCGUGCCACACAAGACGCACUCUACAUCAACAUCUCCUACCCGAAUUUCUCGAGUCAACUCUAGGAAGACCAAGGUUAAGCCGACAGCAGGGGGCAAUGCAGGACUGGUGAAUGAUGACUACGACAGUGACGAGGAGACCGAGUGGAGAGGACGAAAGUCAAUGGCGGAGCCUAUCGGUGCGAACAGCCCGAAUGCUAUGGACAUCGAUCCCCCGCAGACUGGGACUUCUCAAAAGCGUGAUCAUUCGAACAGCGCGAGAAACAUUCCUGUAGAACCAUCUCGUCCGGAAUGGAGGCCUGGCAACGGCUUGCAAGAAAACGGCCCGAAGCUACCUGCGCGCAAGCCAGAAUUCAACCCGAACAAUGCCGGUUCUGAAGACAGCGAGGAGUUUAGGGCCAGCCUUGCUGACCUCAAGAAUGUGGCGCCAUUCGCGCAAAACUCUUCUGGCCUAGGUUCUCUGAAUGAUCUCAAGAUGAGUCUGCCGUUUGAGAGUCAGCCGUCAGGCCGCGCUCCGAUCGAGAAGGAGAAGAAACCUUCGCUCGAUUUCCCGGUCAUCCCGCAAGCACCCCGACCCCCGCCUACUUUCGCGGUCAAUUUGAAGCCGACUGGCGGUGCCUGGCAGAAGUACACCCAGGACUUCCAGAGCUAUGUUUUGAGAUGGGAAAUCUUCAACGCUCAAGUAAUUGAGCAUUUCAACGCUCGCAAGGCAAACAUCGCCGAUCUCCGAGCUCGCAAGGGCUAUUCGUUCCUCGUCUCUCGCGGCGAUGAUGAGAUUCACGAAUAUCUUGAGUGGAUGGCACAAGAUAAGGAGGUUCGAAGAAAGUGGGCUGUCGCAUGCGAAGACCAUGAAGCACGCAUUCGCGAGUUCAUGGUAUACAAGGGCAAGAUGGCAUAA